UACAACGAACGUAGAGGCGAAAAUGACGACACUGAGCAAAGUCGGCGAGCCGAGUCGCACCCAGAGUCAUGGAAAAGCUUUCCAGGACAGAACAAAACCAAAAGAUAUUCGUAGUAGCAACAUCCUAGCUGCCAAAGCGGUUUGCGAUGCGAUUCGUACCAGCUUGGGUCCUCGUGGAAUGGAUAAAAUGAUUCAAGCAGGAAAUGGCGAAGUGACAAUUACAAAUGAUGGUGCCACUAUUCUGCAGCAGAUGAAUGUCAUCCAUCCAGCAGCUAAAAUGUUGGUAGAGUUAUCGAAAGCUCAGGAUUCAGAAGCUGGCGACGGUACCACGAGCGUGGUAGUAAUCGCAGGGUCUCUCCUGGAAGGAGCGGAGAUACUCCUGCGCAAGGGAAUUCACCCAACAGCCAUUAGCGAGGCCUACCAGAAGGCAGCAGUAAAGGCAGUGGAGAUCCUCAACAACUCGAUGGCAAUAUCAGUAGAUUUGACCGACAGAACGUCCCUGAUAAAAGCAGCAGCCACAUCUCUGAAUUCGAAAGUUGUAUUCCAACAGUCCUCACUGCUCGCCCCCCUCGCUGUCGACGCAGUCCUGAAGAUUACCGAGCCUGGACGUGAGGAAGCCACAAACCUCAGCGACAUCAAAGUGAUCAAGAAACUGGGAGGCACCGUCGAGGACACAGAGUUGAUCGAGGGCCUGGUCUUCACCCAGAAGUCCUGCAACGUAAACGGCCCCAAGAGAAUCGAAAAAGCCAAGAUCGGUCUGAUUCAGUUCUGCAUUUCUCCCCCCAAAACCGACAUGGAUCACAAUGUCGUUGUGUCCGACUACUCCGCGAUGGAUCGUGUCCUGAAGGAGGAGCGCGCCUAUAUCCUCAAUAUUGUCAAACAGAUCAAAAAAUCGGGAUGCAAUGUUCUCCUCGUCCAGAAGUCAAUUCUGCGUGACGCCAUCAGCGAUCUUGCCAUUCACUUCCUGGACAAGAUCAAGGUGAUGGUGAUCAAGGACGUUGAGCGUGAGGACAUCUCGUUUGUCUGUAAGACCCUGGGUUGCAGGCCAAUUGCCUCCCUGGACCAUUUCACAGCUGAGAACCUGGUGACUGCUGAGCACGUUGAGGAGAUUCAAACUGGAGCCUCGAAAUCCGUGAGAAUCACUGGAAUUCAAAAUCCAGGACGCACUGUCACUGUUUUAAUUCGUGGCAGCAAUAAACUCGUCCUCGAGGAGGCUGAACGUUCCCUUCACGAUGCACUCUGCGUCAUUCGUUGUCUUGUCAAGCAGCAGGCGUUGAUCGCUGGAGGUGGAGCUCCCGAGAUUGAACUGGCCCUCAAACUCUCGGCUUAUGCCCAGACUCUGGGGGGUGUCGAUGCCUACUGCAUCAAGGCUUUUGCCAAUGCAUUGGAGAUCAUUCCAUCCACGCUGGCUGAGAAUGCUGGGUUGAACCCUAUUGCCACGGUUACCGAACUGAGAAAUAAACACGCCCAGGGAGCGUUAACUGCUGGAAUCAACGUCAGGAAGGGAACUAUCACGAAUAUUCUAGCGGAGAAUGUGGUACAGCCACUCCUGGUGUCAACGAGUUGUAUUACUUUAGCCUCAGAGACUGUGAGGAGUAUACUCAAGAUCGAUGACAUUGUCAAUACAAAUCAGUAAGGGAUUGUUUUUUUUACUUUUGUUCCUUCGAGUAAUUUUUCAUUCAGCAAAUUGUGGAGUUGUGAGGGGCUCGAGGCGCCGUCGAUGGUAUCAACUGCUUGUCAUACGAUAAAUAAAGUUAUUUCACCUUUA